UCCAAAGCUCUGUCUUCAGUCAGGGUGAAGGAAAAGGCAAGUACCAAAAGCAGAGUGAUCUGGUGCUGAGUCUAAAGAAGGGCAUGGUGAUGGCCUACAAGAAGAAGCUGCUGGUUUUUGAGGAUGACGGUUGGAAUGUUCUUGAUGACUCAGAUGAUACGAGGAAAAGCUUUCCAGAAGAAAUAACAGAGAAAUUCUUCAAGCUAGUAAUAACAGAGGAACCCUUCAGGCAAGAAAUGUGGUAUCGUCCUGUAAGUCCCAUCCCCCCCAUAGGAAGCAUAGAGGAACCCUUCGGGAAAAAUUUCGAGUGCAUGAAAGAAGAGAUUUCCAGCAGAGUGGAGAUGGUGGCUUUACUGUCAAGGAACAUUCAGAGCAUCAUAUUUGUUAAUAUCCAAGCUAUGCUGGGGGACCGACGGGCUCUGCAGGACCUCAUGGACACGAAGCCCUUGGAUCAUUUGACUGGCCCUGGUGCCACCAUCCUGGAUGAGAUGGGAAAGAUCUCAGGGUACCCACAUUUUGCCCAAGUAGACUUCAUCCUUUACCUACUUGAAGCCAUAACAGUGCUGAGUGACACCCAACAUGCUCUGCUGGCCCAGUCCAUGGAGAAGAGGAUCCUGCCCCAUCAGCGGGAGCUGGUACGGAGCAUCCUGGAGCCCAACUUCAAGUACCCCUGGUGCAUUCCCUUCUCCCUGGACUCCCAACUCCUCGCUCUCCUUCAGGAUGAGGGUGUGGCCAUCACCUAUGGGCUGCUGCAGGAGUGUGGGCUGAGGAUGGAGCUGAAUAACCCCAGGUCCACCUGGGAUCUGGAAGCCAAGGAGCCCCUCUCUGCCCUUUAUGCAGCCCUAUGUCUGCUGCAGCAACUGAGUGAGGCCUGAGUACCCCUGGGGUGCAGCAAGUCCAGGGAGGUCAGCC